AUGUCAUUUACUCCGUCCCUAGCCAUAGAUGAAGCAGCAAGCUAUCUAUUAUCCGCACCGUCCCUCUCAAAGGUUUCCACUACCAUCAAGCUCGAGCUGUAUGGUCUAUUCAAAUAUCUCAAGGUGGCCCCGAAGCCGCAAGGCUCAAGGCCACACAUAUUCGACAUGACAGGACGCGCCAAGUGGGACGCGUGGAAAGCGGCGAGCGAUACAUAUGAGAAUAAUAGUCACGCCGCGGAACAGCGGUAUCGAGCCAUCGCUCAGGAACUGGGAUGGAAACCAGGUUCUAGUCCCAGCGUUGCGCCUGAGAAGCUAUCGGAGGAUGGAGGCGCGAAUGCAGUUAUUCGGAAUCAAUCUGCUGGCUCAGAGUCUUCAGGUGGCGGCGGCGGCGGGAUGGGAACAUCUGUCAGCUUACUGGUCGAUCCGGGCCCAGAUUUGGGUGAAGCUCAGACGCUGCACGGAUUAGCUAUCGCGGGAGACGCAAAGAAGUUGAUGGCGUUCUUGCUUGCAAAUCCAACGGUCGAUAUUAACGCACGCGAUGAAUUUGAUUAUACCGCCCUUCAUUUGGCCUGUGACAGAGGGAACUUGCCAGUAGUCCAGGCAUUACUGAGCAAGGGAGGGGAUCCUCUGUUGAAAGAUCCCGACGAUUACACUGCAGCAGAGCUAGCUCAGGUAGCUGGACAUCAAGAAAUAUAUGACCUCCUGAAUAAUUAG